CUGUCUCACUCUGUUCGUGUUAUGUAAACAUAUCUUCUGCUUGUGUUCUGCUUUCUGUUUGUGUUAUGGCGGUUUGGUUACUCGUAGUGUAUAUUCUCAUCUGCUUCAUGGCAUUACUAUGUCUCCUUGUUCCGAAGAAGAAGAGGAGCAACAAGAAGAAGAAUACGAAGAGAUGUAAACUUCCUCCGGGUUCCAUGGGAUGGCCUUACAUUGGAGAAACCCUUCAACUCUAUUCCCAAAAUCCUAACGUUUUCUUUUCCUCCAAGCAAGAAAGGUACGGGGAGAUAUUCAAGACGCGUAUACUAGGUUGCCCUUGCGUGAUGUUGUCGAGCCCGGAGGCUGCGAGAUUUGUCUUGCAGACACACGCUCAUCUCUUCAAGCCAACAUACCCGAGGAGCAAAGAGAAGCUGAUAGGCCCUUCUGCGUUGUUCUUUCACCAAGGAGAGUACCAUUUCCACAUAAGGAAGCUUGUUCAAUCCUCUUUGUACCCGGAAACCAUCCGUAGACUCAUUCCCUAUAUCGAACACAUUGUUCUGUAUUCUUUGCAAUCUUGGGCUGAUGACGACUUGCGGGUAGUCACCACCUUCCAAGAGAUGAAGAAGUUUGCUUUCGACGUUGGUAUCUUAGUCAUUUUUGGUCACUUGGAGGGUUGUUAUAGAGAAAUGCUGAGAGAGAGCUACAACACCGUGGACAAAGGAUACAAUUGUUUCCCAGCAAGUUUCCCCGGGACCGCUUAUUACAAAGCCCUCAUGGCGAGGAAACGGUUAAACACGGUCGUGAGCAAGAUCAUACGUGAAAGAAAAGAGAAGAGGCUCGCGGAACGAGACCUUCUUGGAAAUCUACUCAGCUUCAAGGGUGAGAAAGGGCAUGUUUUGAGCCAAGAACAGAUCGCAGAUAACAUCAUCGGAGUGCUAUUCGCUGCACAAGACACAACGGCCAGUGUCUUGACAUGGAUCAUUAAGUUCUUGCAUGAUGACAAGAAGCUUCUAGAAGCUGUUAAGGCGGAGCAAAUGGCUAUAUAUGAAGAAAAUGGUAGAGGGAAGAAGCCAUUAACAUGGGCACAAACUAGGGAUAUGCCACUGGCACAUAGGGUUAUACUUGAGAGCUUGAGAAUGGCGAGCAUCAUAUCCUUCACCUUUAGAGAAGCAGUGGUUGACGUUGAAUACAAGGGAUAUCUGAUACCGAAAGGAUGGAAAGUAAUGCCAUUGUUUCGGAAUAUUCAUCACAAUCCAGAAUAUUUUCCAAAUCCGGAAAUUCUCGAUCCAUCUAGAUUCGAGGUCCAUCCAAAGCCGAGUACGUUCCUGCCAUUCGGUAGCGGUGUGCAUUCUUGCCCGGGCAAUGAGCUCGCCAAGUUACAGAUCUUGAUCUUCCUUCAUCAUUUGGUAACCAAGUUCCGAUGGGAAGUGGUGGGAGCAGAAGAUGGGAUCCAAUACGGUCCAUUUCCGGUCCCUCAACAGGGCCUUCCUGCCAGAUUUUGGGAGCGAUCCCCUUAGAUUUCUUUCUACUAUGGACAUGCGUAAAAUAUUAUGUUUUUAGAUCAUAUAAUAUCAUUACAUAUGUCGUGUAUUAUAUUUAUAAUAAUGUCUAAUUGUAAUCCCAACCUCAAAUGAAACCCUCCUUUUAUCUU